CAAGAUAGUGACGUAUACGGAAGUAGUAGUACAGCAUCCAUGCCCAGGCACAUAACAACACUGCAGAAAUGUCUAUUUUACCAAGAAUUUCCCUGAAGCCUGAAGUGGCAGAUUUCCUCAGGAGUGUCUUCAUGAACAAAGAGGUGCUGACUGCCGUCGGCCAUCAGGAGGCAGAGUGUCGUUUUCAGAAGCUGCUCGCGUGCCUGUCUCACCCUCCUUCGUAUACGUGUGUUCGGGCCAGCACUCACCUAGCUCCCCUGGAAGAGAUCAAACACAAGUUAGCAGAGGAGCUGAAAAAGCAGCAGCAGAUGUGCAGCUCAUCAGCAGAGGAGGUCUCCCUUCAGAUUCUCCCUCACCCGCGAAUUCCAGAUGUGCUGCUCCUUCCUGUCGACGGCCCGAGAGCUGUGAAGCGGCUCACCUCAGAGGUGGUGGUCGGUGCUCAGUGUGGCAGUGCUGUACUGAGAGGCGCUCAUGUCUUCGUGCCGGGGAUCGUUGCCAGCCCCAAGUACAUGAAGGCUGGCGAUGUGGUGUCCGUUUUUGCUGACUUGGAGGGUAAGUGCACCCGAGGAGCCACGAGCUUCCAGGGACAGAGUGUGUUUGUGGGAAAUGGAGUCGCUCAGCUGGACCGCUCCAGCAUCUUCUGCACAAAUGAACCUGCCAAAGGAAUAGGUGUUCGGAUGGUGGAGCCACUUUACCAGAGUCCUUCCUUCGAUGGCGUUCUACCCAGCCUGGCAUUCCUACAGAACCUUCCCUCUGUAGUCGUGGGGCACGUGCUCGGGCCUCGUCCUGGAGAACGCAUCUUGGAUAUGUGCGCUGCGCCCGGGGGGAAGACCUGCCACAUCGCUGCGCUCAUGGGGGAUCAGGGUGAGGUUGUGGCUCUGGACAGGAUCCGAAAUAAGAUUGAUCGAAUUCGUCAAAAUGCCCAAAUGCUGCAUUUGCGUUCCAUCAAGGCGUUUUGUUUUAACAGCACUCAAGCUGUGAGCAGUGAGCCGGCACAGGAAGCUGCAGGACCUCCCUUCUCUCCUGAAAGUUUUGACCGGGUUCUGCUGGACGCUCCCUGUAGUGGACUCGGACAGAGACCCAACAUGUGCUUGACCUGGAGCCUCAAGGAGAUCUGUUCCUACCAGCCACUACAGCGCAAGUUAUUCCACGCUGCGGUGCGGUUGCUGAAGAAAGGCGGGGUUCUUGUGUACAGCACCUGCACAGUGACUCUGUCCGAGAAUGAGGAGCAGGUAGCCUGGGCCCUCGAUACCUUUCCUUGCCUCACGCUUCAGCCUCAGGAGCCUCACAUCGGCGCAGAUGGCAUGCUAGGAGCUGGCCUGUCACCUGAGCAGCUGCGCCUCCUCCAGAGGUUCAGUCCCGAGCUGAACUGGGACCAGACAGGAACAGCAGCCCCCCUCCCCUGUAGAGCUGACGGGGACACGAUCGGCUUCUUCAUUGCCAAGUUCCUGAAAGACUGACCCGAGGGCAUGUUUUCUCUUUACAGCACCAUCAGCUCUCACACGAGACUGCAGACGGGAACAAUUGUGUUUAUAUUACCACACUCUGUGUGCUUUGACGGGCCAGUGUUGACAAAGAAGCUCACUGUGCUGUUUACAGCAUCUGCCUUUUAACAGCUGCUCCCUAAACCUGCGGGCCAUAUAGGGAUAAGCUUUAUAAACACUGAGGGCAGGAGAGAGGGGAGUGCAGGGGAAAGAGAGAGAGGGAGGCAGGCACGUGGGGAUGGAGAAUGAACCAGUAUGCAGCAGUGCUAGCGUCGCCAUAACAACAGUGACGACACAGCUGCCAUGCUGACAGCUGAUUGGCUGGAUCUCAGAGCUCAGAUCAGGAAGUAGCAUGCAGAAAGAGGUCAUGAGAGGUAUUAAUAAUUUAUUGUGUUUCAGUAGUGGUGGAGGCAACCGGGACGUCUAAUUAGUGCUUCUGCUGCUCGUGAGAGAGAAACGAGGCUGUCUAGUUCUGUCUGAAUCAGUGUGAACGAUAAUACAUACGUUUCAUCAUAAAAGUUCCUUAAAUUAAAAAAUAAAUUAAAAUGUUCAUUUUAUAUGAAGCAGCACAUUAUCUGAUUACACUGAUGAAACGUUUUACAAAUUACAACACUAAUUUAUUCAGUGCAAAUUGAAUUUAAGAUGUAGUUUAUAGAUUCAUGCCUACAGUGCACAAACACCUGGCUGGUUCUCCUGUCGUGCAGCAUUUUAAAGGACCUUCACAUUGACCUCAGCUCAAUUCCUCUUUCUGGGAAAUACCUUUAAACUCUUAAUCAGUCCAUCCACACAUCUGCCUGGAAACACCACUUUCACCUUCCUGUUUCUGUGCAUUAGACUGUAUGCAGUGUUAAGACGGCUCAUUAAAUUGGCUGCUCUGCUCACU